AUGUUCUUCCAGGAAUCUAGCGAUAUGAAUAGUUCAGGCGAAGGACGGGGAGUCAAAAGAAGAAGUUCACUGACUUCUGAAGACUCCUUCAAGAUGAAACGUGCGACCAAUGAAGUAAAAAGAACCAUGUCAUUGGAUUUCGUUGAAGAAGCAACCAAACCACUUACCGAAUUUCACCUCUUUGAAAAAUUUCCUCUGGAGAUCAGAAGUAUGAUAUGGCAACUUACAUUUCAAAAAGACGUUGCUGUCCAGGUGAAGAACAAUGGUGGACUCUAUCCUAUGAAAGGUGUCUUUGAAGCUCCAAGCAUCCCUGCCCUUCUCGUUAAUCAUGAAGCGAGGAAGGAAGCUCAACACCACAUGAGUAAAUCAGCGACGUUUGGAUCCUUCUCCUUCAACAAGCAAUCCGACACCCUACACUUAUUUUUCCCCCUCCAGUUCUGGCCUGCCUGGUUAGACUUCGGAGAAAGCAGUCCGCUAUCUUCUCUGAAAGUUACCCAUCUCGUACUCAAUGGAUUCUUCCUCCGCAGAUUUCUUGGAAUCGAUAAUUUCCUCAUCGAACAACUCGAACGUCGCACUCAUCAAUUCUUCACGAUCCUCUCGACAAUGCCAGAGUUGCAGACUAUCUCUGUACCCACCACCGGAAAGGAUGUAUCCUCGCGCACCAAAGACGGCAAUCAGACAGAGAGUGACGCUCAGAAGAUGGUGAAUUUCGAAAUUAUCGACACUACUUAUCAGAAAAUGGCGGAAGACUUUCAGGAAAAGUAUUGCCCGGAGUGGGAGAUACCAACUUUGAUCUAUCUAGACGACCAAGCGAGCAAACCGAAUCACUUUUCCGCGGACGAAUAUUAG